GUCGUUACCAUGGACACCGUUGAUAGUUGAAGAAGAAGAGGAAGUUGAAACUGACGAAUCUUCCGCCUGGUGAAAUGGGGGUAUCGCUGACCAAGGCAGCCCAGUGGACCAGCUCUGGUACUGGCAAACUGGAGUUGACGCCAAUGAACGAGUCCCUGCUGAAAGAAGUGCUGCGCUCUGUGGAGCAGCUAGUCUCCAGACACCCACAGGAGGCCGAGCAUGUGUUCGAGGAGCCCCUCCAGUGGAGUACCACUUUAGUGGCAUCUGAUUUCAAAACAGACUAUGACAUCAGUGAAUUCAAUGUACAGUCCAAUGAGAAAGACAGUGCGGGGCAACCACUGCUCCGGCUGUCUCCUCCGACUGUUUAUGUGCGGAGCUUCAGCCAGCUCUCUAAACUAGUUCAUCUGGCAGCUGAUAAGAAGCUGGAGGAAGCUCGAACGUGUCUAGAAGAAAACAGAGACGCCGUGGUUAAAAUUCUUGGUCCUCGCUUCGCUGACAUCUUGGAGAGAGAAGACACCCAAACCGAUCCGGUAGACGAAGACACAGCAGAGGACUCAGAGGUCAAGGUCAAGCUGUUUCGUUUGCUCCAAAAUAUGGACCAACAGCUCCUCAGCAAGCUGCUUGAAGAAAUAUCAGAACAAGUCAGGCUAGACCCGGCCGCAGCAAACAGUGACGUGGAGUCGCUGAAACAAUUCUGCAGGGGAGGGGACGAGAGGCUGUUGAAGUCGGUUCGAUACACAUCAGAUUACGAAUUUUCCAAUGGCUGCCGCGCCCCCCCGUGGAGACAGGUGCAUGGUGAGAUUUGUUACCUCAUAAUUGAGCCGUGUGACACUGAGGACCUCCACAUCACCUGCAGCACCGCUGGAUUUUAUCUCAACGCGGGCAUAAAACAGGAGGGGGCGGAGAGUGGCUACGAGCGAACAAGUGAUACGUACGCAGACCUGCCAACACUCCUGAAGAGCAGAUCUCCAUAUUUCGCUGAGCACAUAAACAAGCAGAUGCCAAAGAAGGACAGCACAUCCAAGACGCAAAGCAAAUCUGUACAAAUGGAGGACCAAGGCCAACCCCAGAGGUCUCAACCCGGCAAGAAGAAAUAUGAGCCAUCUCCAAGAUGGAGUAAUCAAGGUCUCGUGUCUCCAUGUGGAAAAGUGGAGGAAAACAACCCUGGACGGGAGAAGUCUGGAAAGAAAAAGCAGGGAACAGGAGCCAAGGGCAAGUUGAAAGCAGAAUUCUCUUUGUCGUCCUUACCUGGACGCAUGACUCCCCAGAAAAGUAAAACCCUAGCAGGAGCCAUGGAGCUGUCCAGUGACAGUUCAACUGAGGAUGAGGAUGAAGAGGAGCUGUCAGAACGUCGUCUGCAGAUUCAGAUAGAACAGUCCCCUGACUACUGGCUUAUCUACAAACUAGUCAAGUUCUUAAAGAGAGGCGACCAGACCGCCACCGUGCUCUGCCUGUGUGCCAUGUUGGACUUAAAUCUGAUGCAGGAGGGCUGCCAACUGGACAUAUGGGACAUAGGUGGCGUUGAAGUCCUCCUUAACUUGCUGGAUUCAGAUGAAGUCAAAUGCCAAAUUGGAUCUCUGAAAGUCCUACGAAAGAUUAGUCACAGUAUGCUAAUCUGUCAGACCAUUCUUGACAUGGACGGUCUGCAGAGCAUCGUGAAAAUUCUGGACAGGCCACACAAGGAUCUCAAGGCCUUAGCUGCUGAGACAAUCGCCAAUGUGGCCAGGUUCCGCAAGGCGAGGACAACCGUCAGGCGCUGUGGUGGAAUCAAGAAACUGGUAAAGCUGCUGGACUGUUUGCCGACUUUAGCCAACAUGAGUCCAAACCAGGAGAAGGAUGUGGAGGUGGCCCACUGUGGGGUUUUAGCGCUCUGGAGCUGCAGCAAGUGCAACAGGAAUAAGGAGGCCAUCCGCGUGGCCGGCGGCAUCCCGCUGCUGGGACGACUGCUCAAGUCGCCGGAUGUGAACAUGCUUAUCCCUGUGGUGGGCACCCUGCAGGAGUGUGCCUCAGAGGAAUGCUACAGGAUUGCCAUUAAGAAUGAGGACAUGAUCAAGGAUUUGGUCCAAAACCUAAGCAGUGACAACAAUGAGCUACAAAGGCAUUGUGCAAGUGCAAUCUUCAAGUGUGCAGAGGACAAGGAGACCAGUGAUCUUGUGCGUAAGUACAAUGGUCUGGAGCCACUGGUCUUGCUGCUGGGCAAGGCCGAGGACAAGAAGCUCCUGGCCGCCGCCACUGGGGCCAUCUGGAAGUGUUCCAUCUGCAUGAAGAACGUGGCUAAGUUUCAGGAACACAAAGCCCUGGAGUCCCUGAUAAGCCUGCUGACUGAUCAGCCUAUAGAUGUGCUGGUUAACGUUGUUGGAGCGAUGGGGGAAUUUGCCAAGGUGGCUGCUAACAGGGGAAUCAUCCGCAAGUGUAAAGGCAUCAAUCCCCUAAUUAAUCUGCUCACUGAGACAAACCAGGCGCUGCUCGUGAAUGUGACAAAGACAGUUGGUGCAUGUGCCAUAGACCGGGAUAACAUGGCAGUCAUUAGCCAGCUUGACGGGGUCCGCUUCGUGUGGUCCUUACUGAAAAACUCCAGUACAGAGGUUCAGUCCAGCGCUGCCUGGGCUCUUUGUCCAUGCAUUGAGAAUGCCAAGGAUGCAGGGGAAAUUGUGCGCUCUCUUGUCGGUGGAUUGGAACUGAUUGUUAAUUUGCUGAAGUCAACAAACAACGAAGUGCUGGCCAGCAUUUGCGCCGCCAUCUCCAAAAUAGCCAAAAACAAGGAGAAUCUGGCAGUCCUCACUGAUCACGACGUUGUCCCGCUGCUGGCCAAGUUGACUAACACAACUGACGAGAGACUCUGUCUGCACCUAGCCGAGGCCAUCGGCCACUGCUGUAUGUGGGAAGGCAACAAGGCAUCCUUCGGUGAAGCUGGUGUUGUGGCCCCCCUGGUAGACUACCUCAAAUCCAACAACAGCACAGUCCACUAUCACACAACCAUGGCCUUGUAUCAGCUGUCCAAAGACCCCAAUAACUGCAUCACCAUGAAUGAGAAGGGAGUGGUCAAGCCCCUCAUCCUCAUCAUGGGCUCUGACGACGAGAAGCUCCAGGAAGCAGCUGCUGGCUGUGUGCGCAACAUCCGACUUCAGGCUCUUGCGGGGAAUAUCACAGCACCCAAGAAAAUUUCGAUUGGGACUGCAAAACGUUGCGGGAAAGUGCUCUGAGCUUUAUGUUUGACUUGUUAAAAAAGUGCCCCCCCCCCCCCCCCAGGGUUAUUAAUAUUUGCUUUUGGACCCUCCCCUUGACUUAGAAAAACACUUCAACAGCUCAACUCAAUUCCACACAUUUGGAGCGGAAUCAGCAUUCGCCAAAAUAAUCGUAAACAUACCAAAUGCUGCAAAUUUCCUGCAUCCCAGGGUUUUUCCUGGACGAAAAUUAGGUGGGGGUGGUACUGAGUGAAACUAUACAGAUAGUCCCAGAAGUUAAAGGAAAAGGUAAAGUGGGUGUCUGAUAAGGACGAUAUCGCUCUCUGUCCCUGCACUGGUUGCCUGUUCAUUUUCGUAAUGAUUUUAACAUGUAGUGCUUAUAAUUUUCUGGCUUUAUAAAAUUUCAAUUCAAUUAGUUAUCAAUUAUUAUUUGUAUUGUUUUUACUAUUCUCUACUUUUUUUCUGUUUUAUUAUCAUUUACAUCAUUUUUUUCAAUGCAUGACUGCACUGGUCUCUGAGCUCAAUCCUUUUCUUACCAUUUUGUCAAUUGCUUGGAAAGCUUGAUUGAUUGAUUGAUUGAAUAUUUUAUACCAUACUGCUGAUCACGGUGACCUUAUGUUACCUCAUGGACAUUGCUGAAAUCUUCCCCAGCCUCAGGCUAUGACCGAAAGUUGUUUGGGACUUCCAACACGCAGCUGCAAGUGUGGGACUGGGGUCAUCUUGGAAAUGUUCUCUCUCUCUCUCCAAAGAACUAUCUUUAGUUCGUUGCUCAUUUCCCAAGGAAGUUAAUUCGGAAAUGUACUGAAUUCUUUGAUAUCACUGUAAUUGAUUAAGGUUAUUUAACUAUAACCUCCCUGGGCGAAGGAGUGAGACUGGCCAGAACUGCAUUCAGACCUCCCGGUGGCAAAUUCAGCCCUUUGAGCACACUGCUUCAAUGAGCUAUACAGGCAGGAUCCUGCACUGUGUCUCUAUGAACCACUUCCAGUUAGGUUUUCAUGACAUUCACCUCAGUCACACGACGUUUGACAUAAUGGAACUCUAGGAAAUCCAACCAUUCCUCACAUUAGGGACCGUUCUGAAAUUCUGUUGUCAUGAAAAGCAAAGCUAGGGCUUAUGUUUGCUUUGUUGCUAUAACAUGCAUAUUAUAAAUGUAAUACAUGCAUGUUUAUAGCUAAUUGAAAAAUCUUUUCACAAAGCAGCUGAUCAUGUUCAAUUCUAUGCAUGUAUGGGCACAUGCAUGUGUAGACUAAGGCUCAAUCCCAUUUCACCCCUCCUACCCCUUAACCCUACCCCUCCGUUUGAUGUGUUUUUGUUAGGAUGGAGUGGUAGGGGCAAGUGUUUAAGCUAUAAAGUAUGUACUGUUCAAAUUUCCCAUAAUGCCUUUUGAAUCACAGACUCACAUGUAGUAUUUUCUCCAUUAUUAUGGAUUUAAAAAUUACUCAUAUUAAAAUAUCUUGGUUUAAUGUCAAUGUAUGAUGGUCAUUUUUUUUAACAACAACCCUAAAAGAAAUCGCUACCAUUACACCUGCCAAUGUCUCGGUAGCUAGCAUGCUAAUGCUACAUCGUUAUUGCUGAUUUAUGCAAAAUAACUUCUGUAUUUUGACAUAAUUUCACGUUGCAGGUUGUAUUAGCACAAAUGUUAUUUGGGUAUCAUAGGUUGGUCACUUUAGUAACAUCAAACAAAAGCAUUGGUGUAUUUAAGAUCUACAAUGUUCUAACAAUGACAUACCUGGCAAAACUUGUUGUCGGGUCUGUUAACAUUUACAACUACUGACGACGUGUCGGGUUCCCGCGACGACUACUGAUGACAUAACAGUUUUUUGCAACGACUCCUGAUGACGACAUAGCGUGGACACAGUACAUUUUAUUUUUUCCCAUCUCACACUAGGGGAGCUCCUUACUUGUCUGCCCCCUCCCCCCAAAAAAAUGUUGUACAGUCCCCUGCCAGUACAAAGGGGCAGCCUGUGACUGCCCAAUAUUUACAUCAGCAUCCAUCUUGUUCUACUCCCACUGAAUGUGUUUCAAAUCAAAUGUAUGAGAAAAGUGCAGAACCGCAAGCGUUUCUAACAUGCUGUAUCAAAAUAUGUCUGAGGUUUCAAAUAAAAAUGUUUUGUCUUGA